AUGUAGUUUUUGCGCUAAACUCUUACAAAUUCAACAAUCUUAUACAAUCCUCAAAUAAUUCAAACAUCAGUAGCAGUAAUAGUGAACAAUGACGAAAUACUAUUGAUUAAACGUAAAGUAAAUGCAAGAGAUCCUCAUUCAGGUUAGAUUGCAUUUCCUGGUGGAAAAGUUGAAAAGGAUGAAAAUACAUUUUAGGCUGCUAUAAGAGAGACUUUUGAGGAAAUAGGAGUGAAUUUGAAUGAAAGUCAUCAUUUGGGAAGAAUAGAUAAAAAUUAUCAAGCAUAUUAUAUAAAGAAUAAGAAUUUAAAGAUAGCAACUCAUAUAUUUUAAUUAGAUGGAUAAGUAGAAUGUACUAUAAAUGAGAAUGAAGUUGAUAGAGUAAUGAGAUUACCAUUGAAUUAGAUUAGUUUAGAAUAUAUGGAUAUCAAAAAGUAUAAAAAUAAAUCAGUACAUGUAUUUGCUCGUACUGUUGAGAGAUAAAAAUAUUUAUCUGAUAUUGUAAUGUAGGGAUUCUAAUAUUAAUAAUUUCCUUAUUAUAAAUUAGAAAAAUAAGUAUUUUAUGGAUUAAGUUGGCUUGUAUUAUGUGAUGUUUUAUAGAAAUUGAAAUUACAUUAAGAUGUUGUUGAUUAUACUUUUUAGAAUUACCAUUAUGGAUUUGAAAAUAAUGUUAGAAAAGAAUAAUUCUUUGAUGAAUGGUUUAAAAAGAAGAGAUUAAAUUAGUUUAUAUUUAAUUGA